CAAUCAUCCCCCGUCUUCCUCGCACAAAUCACAUCUCGCGUUUGGCAAGAGGCUGGCCAGCAGCUAGACAAGCAUCAAAAAUUUACUUCGUAAACUCAAAGGAUAACAUAACUAGAAUUUCAGGACAAGCAAAUUAGUUAAACCUACCACAAGCCAGCCAUGGCGGAAUCGUAAGUGAACAUUCUGGUGACUUUAUAAACUCUUUGAUACAAACGAGGACAAAACUAAUCGCGCUUUGAUAAUCUUUGCAGGGUCAAAGUGGCUGUCCGAGUUCGUCCCUUCAACUCGAGGUAAGCCUACAGAAAGCAUGGUAUGUUCAUUUUAUCGUCUUAUUUUGUAACUGCAAUGCUUUUGUUUUCGCAGAGAGAAGGAUCGAGGAGCGAAGCUCGUUCUUGAGAUGGUUGGGGCUCUAACACAGAUCACCGACCCCGACAAUCCAGGUAGGUUAACAACGUAAUUUGUCGUCUUCGCGCUGUAGGAAUGUUUACCCUCUACUAGCUGUCUGCGAAGAAUUUUCCAAGUCACUUUUACUCUUCUUCAAUUAACUGUUUCAAUUUUUUUCUCUUUCAUUUUUCUCACAGGAAAUCCGCCAAAAGAGGUGAGAAUAUAAGACUUGCCAUCAUGUUUUUAUUUCGUCAUUCUGACAUCAACUUGCUACCGGUGAAUACUGUACGUUUAAGCUUACAGUUUCUGUAAAUUUCCCUUUAAUUGCGCAACACUAGGCUUAACUCUAAAUUUUUUUUCUUUCUUUUCAUGAUGGGUCAUCGUGCAGUUUACUUUCGACUUUUCGUAUUGGUAAGUGCCAACGAUUUGUUUUUGGGAGUUGAGCACGAAUUGUACAUUUAAUAGUCACCGGAGUUCACCUUUUAUUAAAUUGCUGAAUACAAGGACUCCCUUAAGCAAACUUUUGUAUUCAUUUGAGAGCCUCAUCUGUUACUCCCGCCGUUUUAAUAAACCCAGGUCCCAUGAUGGUUUUCAAGAAGACGAGGCCGGUUAUCUUCGACCUUCAAACGCGAAAUACGCAGAUCAACGCAAAGUAUUUGACGAUCUCGGCGCUGGUGUUUUGAAGAAUGCUUUCGAAGGUAACUGCCAUCAGACAAAUCUUGUUAAAUAUCGUCUGUCACCUAUCUGUUUACUUCUGAAGAGCUACCGGUAUUUUUAAUAUAUGCAUGUAGCAGCAAUGUGCGUUCGGUAAUAUAAUGACUUUAGCUACUCCUCUUCUAUCUCAUUGUUUUCAUGGCUGUUAAACUUAACCUUACUUCAGAUUAACGUAAGCUUAGAAAAGCUUAGAUUAAUUGCAAUGAUCCAAGCGCGAAAUCCUCAUCAUUUUUGAAGUGAAUAUGUAACAAUUUAACUUUUAUAUUGAAGACCAAGUAUGAGUAAUGAAAGCGAAACAAAGAUUAAACUGCAACUUUUCUUCCUAUUAGUUUCCAGAUAAGCUUUAGUGCCAGAUCUUCAUUUCUGUUAACCUUAUUAGUAUACUAAUGUUAUCAUCUUUUGAUCGUUAAAUACUUGAGCUAGUCUCCUGGACUGAGUAUUUGAAUUUAGAUAUGGAAGCCUAAAAAACAAAUUCAGUUUAAUUCUUUUGGUGUCUACCAUUUGAUAAUUGGAUGCACUAAAAGAAUAGGGACAAUUAUCUGAGAGAAUGCUUUAAUAUUUAUAUAAUAAAUAUUGUUAUAUAUAACAAAGUAAUCGGCACUUAUCAGCCUUCAUACAACUAGGGCAACUAGGCCCUGGUUAGUUAAAUGCUGGAUAAUAAAUCACUAUCCAGUGGAUAAGUAAUAGGACAAACAAUUGCACUUUUCGCUGGGUAGAGAUUUAUUUACCAGAUAGCAUCAUCCACCUUUUAAUAACUGAGGCAGGGGUCAGUUUCUUGAAAAUCCUGGUAGCUUUCCGGGCCCAGAAAGCUAUUUUGUGCUUGCUGUAUUUACAUUCAAGAUCAAAGGUUCAAUAAUUUUGACAAUCAUAAAUUGAAACUAUCAGUUAACGAAGCAAAAUUGACUGGUUUUUGAGCUAGGCACUGUGCUACUAUUCAACAAGUUUUAAUUUUAAAUCUGCCUUCGGGCCCAAAAAGUUUCCAGGCCUUUCAAGAAAUGGGCCCCAGGUCUUUUUGAGUGGGUUGUCAUUGAUCUCCAGAUAUUGGUGACUUUGGAUGAUAUAUUGCCAUUGGACAAAGAAAUUAACCCCUAAAUUUAUCUAAACUCCUUAAUCUUGGGAGUGUCUGAAUAAAUAGGAAAAAAAUCCAGUUUUACAUACUGAAUUGAACAAGUACAGUGGAACCUGGUUAAUAAAGACAUCAAGGCGAUUAAUUGCCCUGGCGUCCAUAUUAUCCAUGUGACUGUUUUAAGCGGGCUCUCAGAAAAAACAUUGCAGACACAUUUUUUUGGGAUCUUAAGUAAGACUUAAGCAGACCUUUUUGUGGGUAAACGUUGUUUAAUUUCUUAAAAGUAACUGUAACAAGUUCAUCAUAAAGAACUUCAGGAUCAUUUGUCAUAGUCUCAGACUAGAAUUUCUAUCUUCCAAGUAUUUGUCUUGAAAUGCAACAAUGGAAUCCUUGACUUAACUUUGCACUGACAUUUUUAGUCUGCCACUCUGCUAUGGUGCAUGACAUUAGACAGAACCUUUGACAGGUCAUUCACUGUUCUGUUAAGUUUUAGCCGGUAAGAUAUUCAGUCAUAGAUAGUGUAUUGAUAAACAGUGUCUGUAAAGCAAAGUUAAUGUGAGAAUUUGUUUCUCGCGACACAGAAAAGUGUCUGGUGUCUGUAUUAAGCAGGUUAAUGUUAGAGAAAAUGUAUGAACUUUUUUGUCAGGACAAACAAAACUAUCUGUUUUAUGUGGGUGUCUGUAUUAAGUGAGUGUCCACAAAGCGAGGCUCCCCUGUAUAUGGGAAAUGCAAAAGCUGACCUGUUGAUCCCUAGACCUUUGUCAAAGCAAACAGGCAGAUAUAGACAAUAUGAUAUGACAGUAACAGCAGCACAUAUCUUCUGUGCCAGUUGUGUAUAGCAUAUCAAACUGGAAUUCACUUUUGCCUUCUUAUAAUUAAACAUAGCAACUUGUUUUUGCUAAAUCUGCCUGAAAUGUGCACUUGAGGUGUCAGCCUACAGUUCAACUCAGUUGAUGAAACCAAACUCUUUGUGUUUGACUUCUCUACUGAUGCAGCACCACUGCUUUGUUUUUUAAUUCAGGAAGUGCAGCGCCGUAGCUAGUAUGAGGCCAACCGAGGCACUCGCCUCGGUAAAAUUUUGACGAAUUUUGCCGAUCAUUUUUAUUUUACAUAAGCGAUCAUCGGAUAUUUUUAACGCAUCAUGGUAUUACAAAGAAUUCAGCAAUUCAGUCAAUAUACUAUGAAAAAAUUACCAUAUCAUCGAUCUCAAGGGGCUACGUACGUUAACUCAAAUUUUUUUUGAACAAAUACUGAUCAAAACCAUUGGCGAGGUUAAUGGUCACCCAGAUUAUGUAGCUUGUUUCUGAUUAUUGCUUUUUAAAUUCCACUUAAAUUAACUCGAAGAAAAGUUACGGAAAGGCCCAGAAAACGCUGCAAAUCGCAUUUCCGAGAGACUAAAGUUCAAAAUUUCUCGGGGGGGGGCAUGCUCCCGAUCCCCCCUAGCAACUCCCGCCUGCCUCAGUUGGCCGUUUGGUCUGGCUACGGCACUGAAGUGGCUCAGUUUGUUGCAAAUUUCACUUGGGGUAGGAGGGGUUGAUUUCAUGCAGCUGUUGUUUUUUAAAGGGACAGUGAAAGGAAAAGGUUGAGAUAUGAUCUUGAUUUGCUUUGUUAUUUUAUUAUAGGUUUUAACUGCUCCUUAUUUGCCUAUGGACAGACGGGUGCUGGAAAAUCAUAUUCUAUGGUUGGAUAUGGAAACAACAAGUUAGUAAAUUAUCCUGAUAGAGUCAAAUCAUUUAUAAUUUUACCCAAAUAUCCAACUUUGUUAAAGAAUUCCCAUUACUUAACCCAUCCACCCUUGAAAUUGUGGCAAAAAACUCUGUUUGAAGCGUGUUAAACCAUAGUUUGGACACUUUGGCACGGAAAUAGCAAAACCACCCAACAUGUUUUUUUGUAACUCGAGUACUAUACUUGAAGUAGAAGUGGGUAGUGGAACAAGAUUUUAUUUUGUUCUCAGGUGAAAGUUACAUGAUUCUUUGCAUUUUCCCUGCUCCAGCCUGUCUGGAUAUGGUUUGAAAGAUGCUGUGGGUAAAAAUCAGGAUUUGGAUUUACCCUCUCCUUUGUUUGCUAUUUCUAAUUAUUCAUAGGAGACAAAGGAAAUUCUGGUUUAACCCGAGAACUGAUUCUAUUUGCAACAAGAAGAUCUCUUUGCUUGCGUAAAUGAAGUGUCAAAGUUGUCUGUGGCUGUUAAAAAUGAUAAUUCCACCAGCGAUCAACAAGGGAUGGGAUUUCAUACAGGUGGUUAUGAGCGGUAGACGUGUAAAUGUGCUAUUAAGUAAAAUUGUUGUCAGCUUUGGCUUCAGUUCAGCUUAUUGUAGCUCCCAUAGUUUAUAUCCUUUCCUUCUUCAAAACAAGCAUCAACAAAACCUAGAUUGGAUCAACCCUUGUAAGUCAGUAAUAACAGAAAGUUAGGCAUAGUGUUACAGGGGUUGAUCCAAUUCAAUACAACUUAACAGCAUUUUCCUGGGUACUGUAUGUACUUCAAGAAGGAAAAUGUUUGUUGUAAACCAGUUGGGUCAUAAGCAAAGGGAUAAUAAAAUAAUAUUUUAUCUUUUCUAAUCAGGGGCAUUGUUCCUAUUACCUGUGAUGAGUUGUUUAAAGCUAUGGCUGCUGGAGAUGGAGAGACUGUAAGUGCUUGAAAGAAUAAAAUGUCAAGUAAAGUUCAUCAAAAUGCUGUAAAUUUCUGAAACUUUCUGAAAUUGGCUUUUUCUUUGGGCAAAGUUCUGACUUCCUCUUCCCUCCAUAUGUAUAUAGCACACUAUCCACCUUUAUACAAGUAAGGCCAGGUGAUGUUAUGCUCUCUAGGCCAAUCAACAGUUGCUGCUGCCUUGAAAUGAGGUUGUGACUGGAUAUUGGCAACAUUGCUGCAUCUUCCAAAUUUGGUUAUAACACUAGCUGGUUAUGAAGAAUUUGUAUGAAUGAUACUUUGAUUUGACUGUGUGCCACAGAAGUCUCAUUUCUAGAGGGAUUAUUAAAUAAGAAUUGCUCAGUUGCAUGUAACCAAAAUGUAUUAUUACCAGAGUUUCUUACCAAGAGGGCUCUAGGUGCCCAGAGCUCUGCUGUAACACUCUUUGUUUCCACCCAGUGGGUGGUGCCAAGAUGGAGGUAUACCAUGAAGGGUGGUCAAAAGAAGUCAGCUACUCUCUAACAUGGUCACUCACAUGCAUCUUUUUUGGCUUUGUUAGUGGUCAAAGGCCAUGCAGGCAGCGAACAGAGGAGUUUAAUUUUAAGAAAAACACUUGGCUUUCUAGUUAAAAAUUCUGUGUUAACCCUUUUCAAGUCUUAAUUUAUGAAGACAUUGCCUGUUCCAAAUCAAAAAGGAGAUUGACAAUAAUUAGCAUAAUCAGUUCAGACAAAUGGUUGUUGUUUUUCUGAUUCACAGAAGUAAUUGUGUUUUUUUUUCCAUUUUGUACAGAAAUACCAAGUUUCAUUUAGUAUGUUAGAAAUUUAUAAUGAACAAGUGCGUGACUUGCUUGUGAAGAGUAACCCCAAAGGAGGUCUGCAGGUAAAAAAAAAAAUUGUUGAUUUUUAAACAGUUAAUAUUGAGCUAAAUUUAUUUACUUAGGUUUUCCAAUUCAUUGCAGGGUCACCACAAUAGUGUGUGGCACCAAUCAAUUACUGCAGGCUUAUAGUCCCUCCCCCAAUGAGAGAUAGACCACAACACUGGGGACUACAUCCCCUACUCAUUAUGAACUGUCAGGGGUUUUUUAAUGCCCCACAUAAUUUAUAUGUGCAAGGGUUGUGAGACAGGGCCUACAAUUUACUUUGUUUAUUCAAGAAAACUAGAAAGUCUAACCGUUUGCAGAUCUCUUUACAAAGGCAGCACUUUAUCCUCAGUUAUUUCAAGACCCUGAGUGUUGGUCCAGCUGGGGUUUGAAUCAGCAGCCUCCCGCUUGGCAGACCAGCGCUUAUUCAAUUGAGCUAACUGCUCUUAUCUUAUAAUACAUGUAUACAAUCAAACCUCUCUUCAUAGCCACCACUGGGACAGAGAAACGUGGCCAUAGUAGAUAGUUACUAUUUGCUAUCACUUGCUUACUGUGCUUUUAAUGUCACAGGUACGUCAGAAUCCAAAGGAAGGUUCCUUCUUUGUACAGAACUUGAAGAGAGUGGCUGUAGUUGAUUAUGCAGACAUUGAACGAAGGAUAGAAGAAGGUAGGAUCUAAAAAAUUCAGUGCCAGUUCAAGUAAAGGUUAUUUAUUUCUACCUAAGCAUAAAUACCAAAAUCAAACAUUGCUUCAGGUACAAGUAUGCUUCCCAAUUGGGUCAUGAUUUUGGGGCUCCUAAACUAGAACAUGCCAGGCUUAGUAUUAUUUUUGCACAAAAGCUUCACUUAAUGAAUGGUGAAAUAGACAUCAUGAUGAAUAAGGUACAGAAAAAUUGACCCAUGUCUGGAAUUAGAUUCCAUCUAAAUUUGAUUGCAUUUUUAUUUUCAAAAUAGGGUCUGAAUUUAGAGCCCUGAAAAGAACUCUGCAAUUAUCCAAAACUAAUCUGACUAUAAUUCCCCUGGGACUUACACCAUAUUUGAAACUCACCAUACUGCGCUGGGAAAGUUAUGUUUACACAAGUUUGUAUUUCCUCAAAACAUUUUGUUCUUCCUUCUUUCUCACACAAUUUCUGUUGACCUGUCCUGUCUACCACCCAUGUAGCAAGCCUUAGGACUACUCUGUCAAGUGCAUUAUUGACCAAGAAUUUGAGCAAGAUGGCUGGAUAAUGGCAAAGUUCUUAUUUACAUUCUUAUUGUCUAGGUCAAUAAAAAUGCAAAAAGAACAAGGCCACUUUAAUACAGCCAUCUUGACCAGACAAGCUUGGUCAAUAAUUAUUUAUUGUAUGGCCAAAAAGAAAACUUUUUCUUGGGGGAACAAUGCAGGAAUAAAUCCCAAGUGGGGGCAAGAUGUGCCCAUCUUAGCUGCUUGGGUAGCCAGUCAAAGUACAGGACACGCUUAAUCUUACCCUCUCAUGGAUUUAGCCAUACAAUAAAAAACUUUUUCCAUCCAACAGGUACUGCUAAUCGUACAGUGGCUGCAACGCAGAUGAAUGCAACAAGCUCCAGAGCUCACACUGUUGUCACAAUUGUCUUUGAUCAGAUUAGCAAAAACCAGACUGGCCAAGAAACUAAAAAGAGCAGUAACAUAAAUUUAGUAGAUCUGGCAGGUUUGUGUCAAACAACUUUUUUCUGUCUCAUGAAAUGCUCCUGUUGUUAUUGUUGUUGUUGUUGUUUUUGGUGUUUUAUAGGUUAGCAUAGAUAUUUCCAGGGAUGUUUAUUAUAGAUUAGUGUGUUUAAAUAAGCCAGGAAUUAUGGGUUGCUGAACAUCCCAGAAAGUAUUGAUGAUUUUUUUUAUUCUGCUAUUUUUUGGGAAAUUAUUGUAGGUUCUCCAUUGAAAUGUGUUAUCGGGUGUAUUAAGUGACAAAAUCUGGAUUGAAGAUUCUAACCACUGAUGAAAUCCUUUACAUAAAAAUGGCUUUUUAAAGUCCUAAAAAAUCUACCUGUGUCUUGAAAGAGUCCUUGAAAAUCACUUUUAAAAUGAUUUGAAAUCCUGAAGAAAGCAUGGUACAAUCGAUCGCCAUUAAUAUGAACACUUAGGGGGUCAAAAAAGUGUCCGUGUUAAUCAGGUUGAGAUAAGAGAAAUUGUAAGGGCUUUCUUUCCCAGGCAGAAAGCCAACUAUCCAUAAUAAUUAGGUGUCAAAAUUAAGCAGGUGUUCAUAAGGCGGGGUUUGACUGUAUUUGUAUGGUAAAUUUAUGAUUUUUUUUUUCCUAUCAGGCAGUGAAAGAGCCGACAGCACUGGAGCCACAGGAGACAGACUCAAGGAAGGAGCUAACAUCAACAAGUCUCUUUCGGCACUGGGUAAUGUUAUCUCAGCUCUGGCUGAUUUGUCCAUGGGAAAGAAGAAAGUGUUGGUGCCAUAUCGUGAUUCUGUUCUCACCAAACUGCUUCAGAAUGCUUUGGGUGGCAACAGUAAAACCAUCAUGAUAGCUGCUUUGUCUCCUGCUGAUAUCAACUAUGAUGAAACACUAAGCACUCUGAGGUAAUAAAGGACGAGCUUACUGUAUUUGAACUUCACAGCUUCACCCUGUGUGCAGAGCCUCCUUUUGUUAUUUGUUGAUCAAGGAGGAGAAAAAGAGCCUCUGCCAAAUCGCAUUUAGCAUUUGAAGUCACCACAGCCCUAAUUUCUUGACUAGUCAAUCCUGUUCAUUUUUCUUGUCAAACUGGUUUGUGCAAACAUCCAUUUAUUGAAAAACCAGUGGCCAUCAGAGCUGUCUUUAAAUUUUUAAGCAGCCAUAGCAACCAAAGAUUCACCCGUAACAUCUUACAAAAAUUCAUAGUGCCACCUUUAGCUUUCCUUUUUGAUCACCUGUAACAUCAAGUGUGCUCAGGCAAAACAGGUGUUACAGGUUAUGGCCCUUAAUGACAGCUCUGGCCAUAACUGAGCCCUCAGUACCAAGUGCCAGGUAUUAGACCUGGGUUUAACUGUAUCCGCGCAACAUGCAGGGCAUGUUCAACAGAGAUCUUGCUCAAUUCAUGCAGUGUCUUUCUCCAGUAUGCCCAAAUCAAAGCGAGUGAAAUAAAGGCUUUGCUGGCAGGGUGCACAGCUUAAGCUUUCAUUGUAAAACUUAGCAAAUUAUUCAUUAUUUCGUUCAUCACAAACUUUAAGACAAGAUUUAUACUGGUGUUCACAUUAUCAUGAAAAUGCUUUUGUUAUGACUAUAGUCUCUGCUUCAUGUAUGGAGAGGAUACUACUUGGCAGCAGACAGAUCUGAAUAAUAUUAAAUUUACAAAUUAAUUUGUCAUUGUUUUUACCAGAGGAAAAUAAAGUUUAUGUGUCUUCCAGCUAGUCAUUUUAUUUUCCCCUCAUAUUUGUGAUAAUUUUUAUUAACAAAUAUGUCUAUCAUAUUUAUGUUUAGCUUUGCUAAACAUUUGAAUCUCCCUCUAUUUUUCAACCGGCAUUUGAUAGCUUUGAUAAAAUGUCUGCUCCAAUCAGGACCUGGAUGUAAAUUUAUAUGACUUCCAUGAGUGGCUCAUCUUCCACUAAAACACUUUUGUUUGUAAGAUAAAUACUGGUAUUUUAGGUAGUGAGUUAUUAUUUUUGAAAACUGCAUGUGUGCAGAAAGCAAGAAUGACUUCAGGUAACAAGUUUUUACUUAAGUCACUCUGUCUUUGUGCUCAUACUAACGUGAACAAUCAGAGAUAUAUAACCAGAGAUCAGUCAAAUGCAUAUGAGGAGUCAAAAACUGCCAUUCAAAGCCCUUUAGUUAGAUACAAACAUAGCUGUUUGAUAACAUUACUCUUUGAUAAUUUUUUUGUCAUCAUCAUCAUGUGUUAUGGUUGUUGUCAUACUAUGAUCAUUGUCACUGUCAUUCUCAUUGUCAUUAUUGUCACCAUGAACCACAACAAGAUCAACUUGGUUGUUGAAAUAAUUAUUUUUUUUCACUGUUUAGUGCUUUUAUGGUCCGACAUUAAUAAUUAAGCACAUCACUUGCUAAGCUUUACAGAUGUAUGUCACUGUAUGGUUAUUAAGUGAAAGAAUGUAUGUUAAAUCAUACAGGGAAUCAAUCAAUCAAUUGACCAACUCGCGUAAUGUGUUUUUGAUAUUAGAUAUGCUGAUCGUGCAAAGAAGAUCAAGAACAAAGCUGUUGUCAAUGAAAAUCCAAUGGACAAACUUAUCAGGGAGUUGCGAGAGGAAAAUGAAAGGUUAAAGAAGAUGAUGUUAGGUGGUGGAAUGCCUGCAGAUACUUCUGGCAGAGAAUUGAGUGAGUAUUUACCCCACUUUCAUGUACUGAAACACAGAAAGCUUAGGCUGUAGUUAUUGUCCUAAAUCUAUUAUUUUUUAAUUUAUCCCAGUCAACUGAUCUUAAUCUCAUAUGACAGCAUUGGCAUAAGUGGUUGUCCUUUUAUUGUUUUAAAAGAUGUUUUGUCGUGGACAACAGCAAACUUAUUAAGAGUCCCCUGUACAUCUUAUGUACAUGAAAGGUGUGAUUUCAUUUAUUUAAUGUGGUCAUAAAGUGACUGUUUUUUAGUCUUAUUUCCAGAUCACAUUAUUUACUUGCUUAUCAAUUUGCAGUGCAAACAUAGUUAUGAAUCAGUUUGAUUUCCAUGGCUAUUUGAUAAGUGUUUGGGUGGAUUAAUAACAAGAUUUUCCAUCUCUGUCAAGUUUCAAUAUAGGAUUAUUUCCAAUUUUUGAAGUUGCCAGAGAAAUGAGCAAAAUAGCCAGAACAUGCCAUAUUUCUAAUUCUUGAUUAUAUUGUCAACAUAAAUUGUUUCUAACAUUGGUGGGGGGUGGCGGGGGGGCUGGAGGUGCAGUUGUUUAGAAGGUGGAUUGAUCAAUGUCCAUUGGAUAAGUGUUGGGAAAACUAAUUGCUUCUGUAUAGAGAUUUAUCUGGUGAAAAGUGCUAUCCCCCUUUUGAACAUAUACAGGGCCUGAAAGUUUACCAACUUGUGCAUGUCACUUUUAAUGCAAUUUGCGAGUUCCUUGUUGUCAGUACAUGUAAAUGAAUGUUCUUGCUCCCCUACAGGAAAUACUGUAUCCAAUUUUUUAUUACAAACUGUGCAAAUUAAUGUGCUUCUACAGUGCCUUGCUAGCCCUCUUAGCUUGGACACCUACUUUUUUGCUUGUCCUUUUAAAAGGUUGAUGACUGCCCUGUGAAGAUGUUUUUCAGUAUUAAUUUACUCAUAGAUAUGUUAUAAACCAACUUGAAUUGAGGAGUUGAACUUUCUCAACGUGAAAGAAACUUGAUAGUGUUGAGCCUCUAAAACCUUAUUAUUACGCUGCAGCUGAAGCAGAGAAAGAGGAAAUGCGCAAACGAGAGGAUUUCCUUGCAUAUAUGGAACUAAAUAAUCAGAACAUGAUGAGCUGGGAAGAUAAGGUCAGUUUUCUUACUUUGACUUUUCAUUUCUGCUUUAUUCUUAACCAUUUUUGCAAUUUCUAAUUUUUUGCGAUUUUAACAAUAUUAAAAAAAUUAACUUGUCAUGAAUGAUAAGAACACCCCAUAUAGUGUCAGUAAAUGCUUUGUGGCAGGAUUAGCUCAGUCGGUAGAGCACUUGACUGCAGAGACGGAGGUUGCGGGCUCGAUUCCCGGGGUGGGACCAAUACUCAGGGUCUUGAAAUAACUGCGACAUGAAGGUGCUUGCUCUGCCCUGCGAACUGCAAGACCUUUGUGUGGCUCAAAUGACCACGUAAUAUGGUGGUCCCGUGUCCAGAAGGAGACGUAACAAUAGUGUCCCAGGGGCAGAUCUAGGGGCAGGGUGCAGGGGUGUGCACACCACCCCCUCCCCCACCCCCUGAGAUGACCUGUGGUUUUCUAAUACAACUGGUAUUCGGCAAAAACAAAAAAAAACUAUGUGGUUUAUUGGUGGUGAAGUAAAACAUGAGAUGAGUUUGCAGAAUUUAUGUGAAACGCCGUAAAAAUGGUAGUUUGGCACUCAGGCUGAAGUUUGGAGCCCUUGGCUUCCAUUGGUCAGAGCAGAUGUUCUGCUUGCAUCAUCACCACAUGGCUUAUUCAUGGGUAUCCUGUGGACUUCACAGCAGUUCACAUUAUGUUGUUGCCUAGUCAUAAGCCUUCUUCUUUGUAUUCGCUUUUAAAAUUUGUUUACGCCACCUGUCAGUUACGCCAUUCCCUAUUGGUGUACCCAAGAGAAAAAUCCUGGAUCCGCCUCUGCUGUCCUCAGUUAGUACUUGCAUGCUAAAUAUAGAGAUCGAGACUAUCAAGUGAACAAAAGUUUUCCGUUGUUGAUGUCUUAACAGGUGAAACAGUCUCAGCAGGAUGAUGCUGCUUCUGGCAAACCGGAUGAGAAACAGCGAAAAAAACAAACUAUACCCCACUUGAUCAACUUGAAUGAAGAUCCUAUGCUCUCAAGAGUCAUCUGUCAUUUUCUAGAACAAGGUAGCAUUAAUACCAUUAACUCUGAAACAAAUAAACUAGCAUUCUACAGAUGUAGCAGAAAAAUGUCAGUUUUUAACGCCUGUGUCAGAAAAGGGAUUAAGGUGCCUGAGGAGGCCAUGUGGCUGCAAAUGCAAUGCAAGCCUUUUGUCACACCUUGCCAUUUGGGCAAGCUGAAGCUAGCAUUUACUAGCCCAAACGUCAUUUUAACUACAGGUGUAGUACCCAAAACUUUUUGAUGAGCAGAAUUGAUUUCAUAGUUCUUCUGUUAUUUGUAUUACUCAAAAAACUUCACUUGUCCAUCAGGCAAGUUAAGAAUAGCAUUCACUAGCCCCGGGCUAUCGGACACUACUUUCUUUGCACGCUGAAUGACACCUCAAGGCACUAGAACGCCCCACUGGCCUGCCCAAAACUGCAACCCAAUCACGAGUCCCCAACACCAAGCCACAGUACGCACAACAACCUGUGAUCUUGCACCUUGCACUCUCUAUAACCAGAUUGAACCCUGCUGUUGUUAUUCUGACUGAUGAGCUUGUUGUUUAUACGUUUUUAGAGGUAACAAAGAUAGGAAGAAAAGAUGCUGAUCCUGCUCCUGAUAUUCCUUUUAGUGGCCUGAGGUGAGUGGCCAACAUAAGGCAUCUUAGAUCGAAGUUUGGUUUUGGUUCUCAUUAAAAAGAUUUAAGUCACAGUGAGCUUCUAAAAAUGUUUAGCAAUUGCCGAAUAUUUGUGCUCAGCAAUGCGUGCUCCCGGGGGUACGGGGGUGGGGGAAGGAAGAGAGGAAGGAGAGAGUUCUCUCUCCUUUUUGGCCCCACCACCAGAGCGCCUCGGAGAGCUUACUUGGGGGCUUGAAGCAAUGCGUUGAUGCUGGUGCCUGGCUGUGUAGCUAACAUAAUUUGCAUCGCUUAUAAGAUCACAUGUUAGUCAGCAUGGCGUUGUUUUUUAUCUUUCAUGUGAUCUGUGUGAUGCAGAUUAUUUUGGCUACACACCCCGACGCCUACAUCAACGCAUUGCUGAACACAAAUCUUCGGCAAUUGGUAAACAUUUUUUAGAAGCUCACGCUGACGCAAAUCUUUUGAAUGAGAGCCAAGCUUUGAAACUAACUUUCUUUGUACCUAGUGGUCCCCAUUUAGGUUGUAGAGAAGAACUCUGCGCUUUUUUGUGUAAGAUGGACAAAGGCUGAAAACAUAAGUUUUAAAUUUUUCAUCUGUUCCGUGUUAUUUUUUUAAACAGCAUUCUUAAACAACAUGCUUUGAUUAAGUCAAGUAAUGGAGAAAUAACCAUUGAGCCUGCAUCGCCUGGCGCCAAGACAAAAGUGAAUGGCAUGCCACUUACUGGCGAACGUGUUCUGAAAAACUACGACAGGAUUUUGUUUGGUGAGUAAACGACAACACAAAUUUGCAGCCAUUUUUCCAACAUUGCUGCAAAACGAGUUGAAUAGCGGGGUCGCGCGUUUUACCACCCACGAAUCAAACCUGUCUUGCAGCAAAUUAGGUUCUUACAGGUUGCGAAAUGUUGUUGCAGAAAGUAGAAAGUAAUUCUACUUUUUGCCACAAAACCUGUUUAUUUUUGCGCGUUUUACCUGCCCAAGGCAAAGCUUGUUUUGCAGACAGUGACGUAAAUCCCGUGUAUGGCUUGACUCCAGCGUAAUUUUAACCAAUCAGAAAUCAGUAUUCACGUAACUUGCAACUUCACUUCAAAGACAUUUGAGGGGCUCAUAUUUUGAGAACUUCUUGUAUUUUAUUUUUUCGUUUGUUUGUAAACGCAUGUAGUCGCAAGACAGAGGAACACACCUUUACAGGUGUGUUGUGGUUGAAUUUGGUCCUUUGCUUCAGUAUUAGUUUACAGUGUACUCUUUGAAUGAAAAUGAGUUUAAAACAAAGGAAAUAAAAUUAAUUUCAAUAGUAAAGAUCAAUGACAAAAAAAUCAAACUGAGUCCACUCAGGAGCACAAAAAGAAUGUCUCCUGUGUCAACGGCGUUUUCGCAGACCAGUUUAUUUUUAGAUAGAUUUUCCCGUUAAGUUUGACCAUCAACUAAAUCUUACAAAUAAGUCAACAGAACCGUAGACCAGAACAUAGUAUAUUUCAUGUUUUGAUAGCUUUCUUUUCUCCUUUUUUCAUAUAUCAUACGACAUAUGAGCAAAUUUACGAAGCGGUGCUUCCAUUUUCGCGUGAAAAAUAUAAAGUGAUAAACGCCGUUGCAUAGGCCAAUGCUAUGUUCACAGUAUAGCGGGUAACUUUUCGUGCCGACAAGAAGAAGUAUCCGAUAUAGUCUGGCUCUUGGUGAACACCUAUCUGACAUGUGACUCUCAACUUUAGAGAUCGGCUCGGCUCGGUGCGGCACAGCGUCGCUCUGCGGUUACAGAAAUUGCGUCGAAGUCACCGUUCAUAUGUGUGAACGGGUGCGCUAUCCGGUAUGCGCAUAUGGUUUUCGUGUUGGCGCUAAAGCUGUUCGGUAUAGUGUGAACACCAUCUGAUAUAUGACUCUCCACUUCAGAGAUCGGUGUCGCGUAGCGCGCACCUAUCUGAUAUAUGACUCUCCACUUUAGAGAUCGGCUCGGCUCGGAAGCACUAGAAGCACUAUCCGGUAUGGUUUGCGUGUCGGCGCAAAAGCUUUUCCUAAGUGCUAUGUAAGGGGGUUGCACGCUCUAUGAUUGACUGAACGACGCAUGCUCCGGCAAAUUGUUUGCAGCACUUAUUGUCGCACCAUCAUCGCCAUCAUCCUUCGGCUGCAGAGCAGUCGACUACAAGUCAGUUCUUCAUCGAUGGCGGCCUUGAGCCAUUUCCAACAGCUGUUUGGCUAUCAGGAUCUCCAAGAAGACAUUGAAUAUAAUUGGUGAAGAAGGUUCUCUGAAAUGGUAACAUUGUUCUUUGUUUUUGUUUUCCCACAGGUUCUAACCACAUGUAUAUCCUUGUUAACCCAAGCAACACUGAGAAAAGUGAAGGAACCCCAGAUAAUGUGGAUUGGGAAUUUGCUCAGAAAGAAAUUGCCCAAGCUAAGGGUUUUGCUACCGGAACUGGCUCUGGACUUACCAAAGGUUGGUUACCCACCGCGGAACUUUGACCAUUAAUGUAACUAAUAGUCCAUGGGUAGACCAUGAAAAAAGCCGUUUCUGUAAUUGUGCCGGUAUAUCCACAUACAAAUUCUCCAGACUGAUCUCUGUACAUUUCCUUGAAGAAUUAGUGGAGAGAAGUUGUGGAUUUGAGCAUAAAAGAUAAUGGGAUAAAAACAUGACAUUUUCCAACUGGUGAUCAUUUUACGAUUAGAACAAACGUAAGCUGUAACAUUUUUAAUCGAGAAAAGAAGUGCAAAUUUUGUUGUUUCUUUGUGUUAAACAAGCUACGUUUUUGUUAAUUCAAGUUGUGUGAACAAAGGCUUUUCAACGAUAUUUUCAUCAAAACUUUUGUUUCAAAUCAAGGAAAGCAUGUCAGUUAGUUUCUACCUAAACAUUAGUUACUAGAUUACUUGUUCUCGUUUCCAAAGAGUCAAACAGUCAACUCCGUGCUACCUGCCUUGUUGAUUAUUGACUCGACUUUCGAAAGAGUACCUAAGAAGCUCCGCUCACUUUACAGCUUUUUUGCUGUAAAACUCGCGAGGUCCCUUCGUACUGUUCUCGUGGCAAGUCUAGGUAUCGAUCCAAAAAAAGUCGGUCUACUAGUCAAAGUGUGACAUCGCCAUCAUUGUCUUUUUGUUGUUAUUAUAAACAGAUCAGGCAAGAGUCCAAGAGCAAGUGUUGGAGUUGCUUCCCAUGGUCAGUGAAGGUAAUGCCAUCAGCGAGGAACUCAACAAACACAAGUAAGUGUUUGACAUAAGUUCUAUGGCCUCAGGGUAUUGAAUUCAGGGCUAAGGAAUGCUGGUUUUUUUGUGUUUUCUGGCUUUAUAGCUAGAACGUCCGUGUUGGUCCGUCCGUCCGUAAGUCCAUUUCUAUUAGGGACCCUACGAAACUACGACGGCGACGGCAAGGAGAACGUCAAAAAAGUAAUAGGUUUAAUGAGUAAAACAACAACUCUACACGUGCAUCACGCUUUUUUCUACAUUUCUUUGCUGUCCCUGCACAACUACGACGUGAAAUAACCAAAAUUUAAGUUUACUUGAGAACGGGAACAGCGAUAAAUUCUCCCAUCUCUGUCCGAAUCCGGGCGCGGUCCCCUCUCUUCAACUCCAACCAUAAUUCUCUUCUUUUAAGUAACAGGGCGAAUUGGGAUAAUCACGAAAAAGUUUAAAAGGAUGCGAAGUCUAUUUUUCGUGGACGUUUUCGUGGACGUCGCCGUUGUCGGAUCGUAAGGUCCCUAAUGUUCCUAAUGUAGCGCAAGGCCUUAACCCUUAGCCUUCGGAGCCUAGGGUACCGGGUUUGAUACCCAAUAUCGCCCUUUUUUUUUUUCUCCCUACGAAUUUUAUAACUUCUUUUCUGUGUUUUUUUGGAGCCCAAUAAUUUAUUAUUAAGAAAGUAGAUUACUCAUUUCAAAGGUAAUUAGAUUAAAAGCAAUAAAUUUGCAAGAAGUUAGUAAGUUACAAUCGAGAUCGCGUUCGAUCGAUAUUCGAUGGCACCUUUCCUUUUCAAGGACUUUGCCAACCUUGCGUGUUUUUUUUUUUCGCUUAAAUAUAACAAGGCACACAGAGUGAAACAAACUAUCAAAUAAUUUAAAUUUGCUUGUUUGGAAUUAAGUGAACUCGUAGCAAACAGCUUUCUUCGACGAAUUUACUAGUUUCUCUUUUUCUUUUAUAACUUUUAAUGGUUACUGGAGUAACCUUUCAUAGCCUGUAAGCUCAUGUCCUCGUAGGGAAAUAUUUUCUGUCUUUCCUAACAAAAUCUUCUUUUUUCUCUCCAGGAGCUUUGAGGUGAUUCUUAUUUCAGCAGCUGCUCAGGGUGACGGAGGAAAUGCGGCAACAAAGUAAGUUGUUCACCUUUUUAAAGGUAUCAAGUGUUUAUAAGGGAUUUGUCAAUUUUAAAGAAAGCUGUGUAAUGUCCCUUCCAACUAGCUGUUCAGUCUAUUUAAAGCGAUAUUGGGGCAUCAAACGCCGCCGGUAGAACUUUUGGUAAUGCAUUUUUACUCGUGAAUUGCGUGUGCAGUAAAACGAGUGAUAGCAAUGAAUCGAAGUUGGUUGGUUGGUCACUUUAUCAUUUCACAGGUUACCGUAAAAUUCCGAAAAUAAGCUCCGGGGCUUAUAUUUUUCAAAGGCCCUUUUUGAGGGGCUUAUUUUUGGAGGGGCUUAUCUACAGAGGGAAAUUUGCGUUUCAAAAUCGAUUGGGCUAGCCUUAUAGUUGGAAGCAAAUUUACCGUUUUUGCUUUGUUUUACUUUGUAUUUGAGGGCAAUUUUCCAAGUACAAGCCCCCGGGGGGCGUAUAUUUGGAGGGGCGAUUUAAUGGCGCGUUUUUUGCGUCAUCGGAUUGGGGGGCUUAUAUUUGGAGGGGCUUAUACAUGGAGGGGCUUAUUUUCGGAAUUUUACGGUAUUUAAAGGGUACCCGAUAAGUGUGUACCGACAAGUCACAGAAUGCUGACCCUGCUCUAAAAGGAUCUUGCAUCCACAAUAAUACCAGAACCGCUCAAAUUCCAGUAAACAAUGACAACAACGCGAGGCUUGGUAUGUCAAAAUACAGUGAUUUGUGUGAAUUUAUCCACCCAAGCAUCGACCAUGUUUUAUUGUAUGUCAUCACUGGAGCGGAAUCCGGGAAAGGUCUUUGUGGCCCGGGGGGGGGGGGGUACUCGAUAUAUCCUUGGGUGGGGAGGUGCGGCUCGGCCCCUCAUACCCUCACCCUGUUUAAGACAAAAAUCGCUGAUUUUCCUACCCUGUUUAAGACAGAAUUCCGAUUUUUGAUACCCAGUUUAAGACAUUCGUAGAACAUAAGCGCAGGCUCUUUAUCGUCUAAGAACAGGGUUAUGGGCUCCUGUCUAAAAAAAUAUACCCUGUUUAAGACAAAAAUCCCGAAAAACAUACCCUGGCUGGCCGCACGUCCCCAUUAGGCCCUUAUAAGGAAGUACCCCCCCCCCCCGGGCUUUGUGGAGACCCAGAUCUUCUUAAACAAGAACGCGCUUACACCGGGAAUCAGUCUCGCCUGCUUGGAAAUUAGAUCGAGGAAUGAGGAGGCGAUUAAUUGUACAAGAAACAUGAUUUACUCGCUAAACGUUUUUUACUUCCUACUUUAUCGACGUCGAUACUUUUAUUUGUUUCUGAAUUGAUUUAGUAUGUGUGUUAGCGACGACCAGAAUACCUCUGCGGUAGCAGGCUAUAGGCGUGUAUAAUUACGCGAAAAUGGAAGGGUCUCGAUUCCAGAGAAAUUACAUCAUUGCAAAAUAUCCAAAAAGUGAUUUACAUGGCACGUCAUUUCAAUCAUCGCCGAAAAUAAAUCGCAUGCUCAUCACAAGAGUCAUUUGCAUACAGUGAAAGUUUACAACACCCGACCAUCGCAAUUUUGCUAAUUAAGAUUCUUUUUUUUUUUUCGACCACUCAGUAGUGUUCACUUGUUCCAAAGUAAUCAACGCUUUCAAGCGAUAGAAUUCGUGGACCGACACGUUUCGGAAAAGCUCUAAAUUUAAUCUUUCCUAAGCUUUCUUCGCAAAACAUGCGUGGCUUCGAUCACGCAACGAUUCUUAGUCCCAGUUUCCACGGUCUCCGCAAGGAACGCCUGGCACAAUGACCUCCCUUUCGUGUCCUAAAUACGACCAAAAAUUCUUGGGGGUACCUCCAGAAAAAUUGUGUAGGGGUGUGCGGCUUGCUUCCUGAAACCCUUACCCUAUUUCAAACCAAAAUCUGUGAUUUUCCCCACCCUAUAUCAGACCUGAUCAAAAAUUUGAUACCCUAUUCCAGACCUGAAGCCCUGGAGCCCGGCGCGUGACCGGAGCGCGUGACAAGCUGUUACGGCACGUACACGGUAGUUGGCGUAAACAUUAAAAGGGAAAUGGUCUUAUCGCCAAAUGAUGAAGAAGUAGCUAACUCUUCUAAAAAGCAUACCCAAUUCAAGACUAGAGUGCACAAACCAUACCCUAUUUCAGACCAAAAUGGUCGAAAUUGAUACCCUAUUUCAGACCAAAACGGCUGAAAAAAAAACAUACCCUUUGGCGCGGCACAUACCCAUAGAGCCUAUAUAAGGGACUACCCCCCGGGGCGAAAAACGCGUUGCAGAUUAUAUGUCUCGCUGCUUACGCAAGCGAGCGCAAGCGAGACUAAUAAUCACAAUCAAGUAAUCCACAUGAAACACCUUAAGUUACACUGAAGCUUCACUGACGAGUGGAACAUAGAAACAAUUUCAGCUAGUGAUUACUGCGGGGUUGAACCCCCGAACCUCCGUAUUUCGUGUCUGACACGCUUACUACUUCGCUGCUACUUGCUACCCUGCCUGCGUGUCGAACCUAACUUAGUGAAUAUUUUCCAGAAUUUAUACACAGGCGUCAGUUUUCAUUUCGGUCAUAUUUGUGUUUUUCAGAGUGACGGUGAAAAUGAAGAGUUUACUUAAUGGAAAUGUUUGGCUGUGGGACCGUGGAAAGUUUAUGAACAGACGUUUUCUAAUGCAGGUAUUAAAAUCACCACUGGAGAUGACAUGCCAAACUGAAAGUAGAAACAUAACAGCUGGAAUUCAGUAAGAUUAAGAACACGACAAUCCCGCGUCCCGAACUUCUGUCUUUGCUAUCCCGUUUACCGUUUUGUUUCCCAUUACCGCAUCCCGCCUAAAGAUUUAGGCAAGUCCCGCUUCCUGAGGAGCUAAGCGGUCAAAUCUCGUAUCCCGUAAAGAAAUAUUGGGUCUUUCCAAAUUCCGCACGGUAAGUCGAUCAAAUCCUGACUCCCGAGAAUAUCCUCCCAUACCCUCUUGUAUCAUUUCUGCGUCGUGGCGGAACCCAUCAAUAGUGAUUCAUCAAGAAUUUUUUUAGGAUAAGCAUGCACGGCCAACAAAGUGUAGGGCAAGCGAUUAUAUAACUUCAUUUUUCCUUUGUUAGGAUUUAUAUCAACGACACCUUGAUGGAGAAGAUGUGGGCUCACUUCCUAAGGAAGAAGAUCCGUUUUGGGAACCUCCUGAAGAUGUCCUUAUUGGAACAGCUAAUGUGUUUUUACAGAGUCUAAGCUUUGCUCUAGAUUUUGAUGACAAGCUCUCUAUUACUGACUACAAGGUAGGCAAGAAGAGUCCUGUUGCAUUUUCCGUUUCGUUCUUGGCUUUUUACAGUGGUUUGUUCAGAAUUUCAGUCGGUGGAUUUCGUUAGGUUGGUCACUGAAAGAGACCUUUCAAGCGCUUUCCAUUUAUCGGAUAAUUUCGGGAAUUCUAAUUGGGAUGUAAAUGAAACACAUCGUUCAAGUUGAAAAUUCUCGAGAAUAAGUGGAACUUUUGAAAGGUUGUCUAGUGUUCUCGUUGGAAACAUUUCUAGUGAAAAUUCGUGUUCAAUUGCGUGUUUUCACAGUUAUUCACCACUACCUUGCUAUUCACUACGAAUUUUAGCGAGAGAGGGGAACGAAUGGAACUUGUCAAUGCGUCAGACGGAACACAUUCUUCGUGCAUUGUCCAUCGAAGUUUCUGAAAGUUUUUGGUUAAUGGAAAACGCCCUUUCUUUUUAGUUUUCCUUUUGGUGCACCCAUAUAUAACUAGUUGUUUCAUAGACGCCGGAUUAGCGCAAAUCCUGGGCUAUUUGCUAUGACAACUACAGUGGAACCCUGCCUUACGACCACCCCGUUUAUAAGACCACCUCGUUAUUACGGCCAUAUUCUUUCAAACCAAACGUAAAAACCAUUGAGUCAUUUUCUUAUUUUGAAGACCCCGUUAAUGCGACCACCUCGUUAUUACGACCAGGAUUUUAUGGCCCAACGGUGGUCGCAUUAACGGGGUUCCACUGUAGUAUCCUUUGUUUACUGCUAACCCAGGAUUACUGCUGACCCGGAUUCGACACAACUAGUCCCCCAUGUUGACUGGUUAUUUACACAUGCGUAUUUGAACGACCUUGUCAGUACAUAGACAUACAUUGUUUGAUUGAUGUGAUAAUUGUUUAAAAAAGAUCUCUUUUCUUUUUCUUUUAGGGAGAAGAGGUAGCGACAGUCGUCAUUCAUGUUUGCCCGUGCUAUGCAAAUGAGAAGCCACUGAACGAGGAAUUCUUUGUUGAUGAUCCUUCUGAGCUUCUUGGCAGAGAUUAUCAUUUCAAGGUAUAUGGCUUUUGCAGUACUCUUUAACUUUGAAUAAUUAUAUAAGUAAACAGUCCGUAAACAAGGGAAUAUCUGUAAAAUCCUGCGAAAUAAGCUGUACUAUGCAAAAGGUUCUUUGAAAGAGGUUUCGUUUGAAUGGUAACACCACAGGAUUUCCUCCAUGAGAGAUUUAAAGUGAGCGUGACAAAUCGUCCUGCCAUAACGUGGUGCAGGAGUGAACCAUUCCUAUUUGACCACAGGAGUCUGUGGUCAAUUAAUAGGAAUCUGGAAAGGUUGGGGUCAGGAGCCUAUGAGUAGUAGUCAUGGGCUCCUGUUUGGCACAGAAAACGGGAGAACUUGAAGAAAAACUUACGGACCAGGGCCAAAAACUAAGAGCAAACUCAAUUUGAAUACGAACGUCGAGACUGAGAAACAAAUCUACACCGAACAGGAGUGCGCCAGUGACUGGCCUGAUUAUCAACCGCCUGCCCUAUCUAUGACUAUCCUGCCCUGGGAAGUUGUAUUAUGUUAUAUUUGUCAGGUCGCUAGGCUCGAUUUCCGUCGUUUUUUGUGUCUGGUCUUGAUCUUCCCCGAGAAGAGAGGAGGAGAAGUGCGAGCUCAUUUCCCAAAUGGUGGCUGAUUUCGGGCCUACUGGGACUCGACUACCAUCGAAAAGCUUUAGCCGUCGUCCAGUGUUUUUCCUCACUGUGUUAUGUAUCGUUGCAGGUAACCAUUCGCAAUGCUAUCGUUCAUGACGCUAGGUUCAACAAGGGUCUUUACAUCAAGUACAUGCCUUUUAAGGAGACUGAGUUCACUUCAACAAGCGUCGUUAAGGGCACCCUGGAGCCUGAGUUCAAUCACUCUCAAGUGUUCCACUUUGAAGAAGUCAAACAAGAGCUACUGGAUUGGUUUGACGGUGGCUGUAUCGCCUUUCAGUUGUUUGGUCGUCAGGAAGACAGUGACCCAGACUCAACCCGUACAAGAAUGACCACUAAGGUACUGGGACUUUCUCUGGUGUGCGAACGAAUGCAACAACUCCCAAUAGCACGAAACAACAUGCAACAGGGUGUGCAAACGGACGCAUCAUGUAACAUCCAACAAUGUUGCGCCUGUUUGCCCAGGGCUUAAGCUUAUGGCCAUAUUCACGCUGACAUCACCCAUUGACAUAAAUUUGCCAACCAGAAGCGCAUUGGUUCCUGUAACCAAAGAUUAUUUAGUUUCACUCGUUAUAAAUUUCAAGAACAAAAACAAUGUCUCUCCUAUGUCACAGCGUUUUCACGGACCGAUUUAUUUUUUUUACAUAUUUCAGGUCACUUUUUGCAGCAAAAAUGGAAGCUCUGCUCCAUCUAUAUGCGCAUUCAAAGUAUAAGAUAUGAAAAAAUGAAAACUAAAGUAAACCUUCAAAAAUACCAUUUUCAGGUCUGCAGGUCUUGCUGGCUGGUUUGUGGGUCUUAAAUUCGCGCCCAAAUCGAUAUGAAAAUAAACUGACCUGUGAAAUGGCCCUUACACGAGUAAAUAAAAGUUGCUUGUGGUGUCUUAAGUGCAAUCCCUCCAGUACGGAUUGGGACUUAUUUUACCAAGACGAUAGUAAACUAGGCUGUACUAUACCAGCAGACAAUCAAACACACCAAUCAGAUCCAGGGGGAAUUAGCCGCAGCAAAGCGCGGGAAAACACUGCGCGCAAGUCGCGAUUAGUUUUGGUUUUCUUCUAUUUGGUUAAGGAAGUGGCACGAGAUUUUCAACCAAUCAAAAACUGUAGUGCUGCAGAUAAGCAAUGCAAUCGUGAAAUUAUUCCAUAAACUCAAGUAAGCGUGGUUAUUUUGUAUUUUGUUUGCUUUUGUAGGAAUUACGGCAGAUGGAAAUGCAAAUCGGUAGACCAGGAAUGGGUCCACGAUCCACCACCAUGAUAAAUACUGACACCUCUACUGCUCAACUCAAGGCUGAGCUUAUUUUGCUUAAGAGAAAGAACCUUCGUUUGGAAAAGAAAGAAAAACGUCUGCAGGUGAGCCUUGUAGCAUGGUAAAAUAUGGGUUAAGCUAAAAAAGAAAACUGCCUUCAGUUAAGCUGCCUGAAAACUGUGGAAAAAAAUCGUGGUAUUAUUCUAGGCUACUGUUUAUGCAUGCCGUGCGGGCGUUGAGACUAUCAUGUCUAUGUUGUGGUUCAACCAACUACGCGACAGACAAGCCACGCGAACAACUUCGAAAACGGUAAAAGCCAUGAAAGACAGAAACCUCUGCUCGCUGGGUAAUUUAGGAAUAACAAUGAGUGAUAAAAACGCGAGAUUUCAACGGCAGCUUGUUGCCCUGAUUAUUAGUGAAACGAAAUCUCUAUUUUCAAAUUUUGCCCACUCUUUUUAUAGUUGAAAUCCAAUUCCCUCCUGUUUAUCGAAAUUCCAAAAAACUCACGAACAUUUUAUUGUUUAGAGUAAGCUUAAACAAAACUGAAUCAUCAUUUUGGGAUUUUCUUUGAUGUCAACCUCGUUUUAAGGGUUUUAAAGCAUUGACAAAACACGCAACACAGCUCCUUGAAAAGACCCUGAGUAUUGGUCGAGCCCCAGGGUAGUACUAGCCUGGGAGCAAGCCAUCAAGCUUUCCUUUUUUAGUGGUAAGUGAAGUGAUCGACGAGAAAAGCGCGCGAGUGAGCCGCGAUGGGCGGGACGAACUGUCCUUUCGCGUGCGGCUCGCGCGUGGUCGGUCUCUCACAUUAUUCCCCAAAUAGAGUGCUUCCUCUCGGGCUACCAGGUAUGGAACUUGUGCAGUCCAACGGUCUUUCAACUCGGUUAACCCUGCUGCUUGGAAAACUUUUGGGUUGGUGGUAGGUUCAUGGUAAAAAACUAGGAAAGAUGCACUAAGAGUGCUUUCUUGUCAAACCAAACCAGUCAUGUUUGUAUUUCAAUAUAUACAUAUCACUUUAUGUUGGCUAGGAAUUAUGUGAAGAGUGGGGUAAGAAACCGAAAGAAGAACAGUCGUUUGAAGCAUUUCACCGCGCAAUCUCCGCUGCAGCAGCUCAUCAGGGGGGAAAGCUGAAGUAUAAAGUCAACAUGCUUAUGGGGGUAAGUACAUUAAAUCACCUGACGAGGGAGGGGAAAGGACCUUUUACAACCCCACCACAAUUAUUAAGGAAACAAGUUGCAGAGGAGUUAUUUGCACUUUGGAUAGGCCAUUUCCGAGUUCAAAAACACUCACUUUUAAAACUAGGGUAAGUGCAAAACCUUUGUCGUGAAAAUGAGUUUUAUUUGCAAGAGAGUAAAAAAAUCAUUUUCACAUCAACGGCAUCGCACUUAGCUUCACUUUAUGACAGAGGCUUGGGGCAAUUCGGAAAUGGGCUUAGGGCUAUUUAAGUGGAGUCAAGGUCAAACAUAACUUCUUUGUGCCCUGUGCUGAUAACGGCUGAAAUACAAAAGUCAACGAGCUUAUGGGUCAAGUAGUUUUAACUACUUGUCAGGGGAGGGGAGAGGUCUUAUAAACCAGGGACGGCUCAGAUACAACUGAUCUGCAAUAAUAAUGGGGUAUAAAGUUUAACUCUAUAUUUUUUCAAACGAGGAAGUCACCAUGCUUUUUAAGAAAGUAGAUCCUUUCCAGUAGGGUAAGGGGAGUCCUUCCCGAAUAUUUUACAGCUUAAAUACAUAGUAAAAGUGCUUAACAAAGUAGGUCGCUAACAUUCACUUCCCAGCUGAGGGGGAACCGUAUGGGGGGUUAAUCCCUGGGAUUUAAGGAAAAAAACUUGCUUAUAGGUCAGCUAGUUAAGCUAAUUUAAUUUAUCACAGUUUGGUAGACUGUCUCAGUUUUCAAAAGAGGGAAAUGAUCAUUUCCGUAAGUUGAUUGGAAUUCAAAAUAAACUAAAAAUACUUGUAUGACAAAACCUCGUGAAGGGCCUCGCUUCGUGCGGACAAUCAUGCUUGUCACUGAAGGUGCUUUCGGGGGCGGUGAAAGUAAAGUAAAAGGGUAAAGCGUCCUCAUGUUACGUCGGUGGCUCAAUAGUUAUCGUCUUAGUAACAAAUGUGAGGCCAAAAGUGUGCUUAUCCCACUCCUUUCUCCAUCACUGCUUCGUUUUAGGGGUUUUUAAAACUUCGAACGCGGAACGGAAAGGAAAGAAGGUGAAGCGAUUUGAGGUCACCUCACAGAGGGCGGCGCACUAAUCAACUGUGCCAAUCCUUACUUUUAGGUUAAAGGGUUUAAACUCUUAACCUUGAUGAUGUUUUUUUCUUAAUUUCAGUUUUUGAAGGAACAAAAUGGGACUACGGCAAAUGGCGGCCAGAUUAAAGCAGAUCCUAAAGUGCAACCAGGAAGUCGUGCAUGCGCAGUCAUGUGAUUAACCGCUGACGCAUCUUUAACAUAGUAUUGGAUAGCACACUUCAAAGAGUUUCCAUUAAUAGUCCCUGUAACAAUGAGCCUAUAAAUCAAGUCUCAAAGUGCUUUCGACUGGUCAAUAGUAGUAUUAGCUGUGGUCUUGCUGGACGAGCCUAUUGAAAUUCAUGUUGUCACAAUCACGUCUUCCUUGUUCGUAAUAUAUUAGUCGAUUUCAAACCCCUGAGUGCAGUGGUUGUUAGGUGUACACAGCAACUUAAGUGAUCAAUAUUUGAUUUCUCCUUACAGUAUCACUAAAUCUUUAUGCGGGCAAUACAUACGAAAAGCAGUCUUUUUUCUUGCUCACAGGCUCACUGUAAUCUUAAUCCAGUGUAAAUGAUUUUUUUUUUUGUUGGAAACACAUCUGCCAAGUUACACUAAGACAUUUGUAAGGAGAAUUCAAAUAAAAGUCUUGUUACUCACGAAAUUGAAGGUAGGCAGUGGUAGCACAGUUGAAGUGUUUAGGGUUGUAUUUGUAGUAUAUUUAAAUCACGAAUAAGCCAAUUGUUAAGGUACAUUUGAGAGCGAAGAUAUAUAUUUUUAUAAAAGGAGGUUGAUCGCUGAGUGUGUAGUAAGUGUUCUUUUUUACCCGACCCCGUAGUAAUAAAUAGUUAUAUUUAAUUACUGCUGUGUUGUCACGCACAGAUGUUCACGAUUUUGGUUUGAAAAUGGUAAGAAUAAUCUUGGACAAAACUGUUUGAUUAAGUUGCUGCCUCAUCCCCAGGAAUCGUUUGUUUGCGGAUAUUACAGUUAAAUAUCCAGGAAAGCUGGGAUGAACGCUAGCGCUCUGCAUAUGCCCGCUCUCCGUGCCCAGUUUCGACGCCUAUUAAAGAACCCGGGAAAACAUGUUGGGGAGGCAGAGAAAAUUGGGUUCUUCACGUGCAGACAAACUUACGAAGAGAGAUCCCCCCCCCCCCCGAAUCAACGUUGUUUAUGUCUCUUAUAGGAGACUAUGGCUACCACCCCUUUAUAAAAUCAACUUGCCGUGUGGGGAAGGGGAGGAGAUUAACAAGUAACUUUUGUAAAAUUAGUAUUGGCACUAUUGAAAUGCAAUGCGUAUUUUAAGUUGGCCAUUCUCUCAAGUAGUUUCGUCCAAGAUUGAUGCUUAGGAGGUAUAUUUAUUUCAUAAUUUGUACAGAUCGAAUGUUUUGUAGUCAUCAUCUUUGCAAUAAAACAGAAAUCCGAUGAUUAUUUGAUUGAAAAUAGUGAUAGAACAAUAUUACUGUCCUUCUUGUCGUUUAAAAAAGAUUCGAAAAACUCCGCUUUCUGAAGCCAUGGCUACAAUAACUUAGUAUAUAUAGACUGAGGAAACAGCCAACAUUUUGCCACGCCACCGCUAGUUUCCGCGGGAAAUGACUCUUGAGAAACGGGCGCA